AUGAACUGUCAAGCAGCAUCAAGAUGUUUAUGGUUACUUUUCUUUGUCUUUCCCAGCACCACAACAGAAAACGUGGAAGCCCCAGCUUUUCAGCCCGGAGUCCUGUAUCAGUACCGAUACUCAUUAGAUACCCAGUUCAAUCAUCUCUCGAGAUCAUCAUGGCAAAGAAGUCAGGUUCAGUCUGAAGCCUUAGUUCAUGUCCACCUCUUGUGGAGAAAUGUCAGUGAUGCAAGGGAGCACCUUCUCCAAGUCGAGAUACAUAACUUUCAAGUACAUCACAAUCCAGAACAUAAGAAGAAUCAGACCAGUCACAGCGGCCCCUCUGCAGAGGCUUCACCAAACAUCACUGAACUGCAGCAACCCAUUUUCCUCCACUGUAAUAAUGGAAAGAUUGUAGCCUUUUAUGAAAACAAAGCAACAAGCCCCCUAACUUUGGAGCUGAAGCGAGGCCUUGCCAGCCUUCUCCAGUUUCAGACACAUUCUGGAAACGAGACUGAGGGGGACAUUUCUGGGAGCUGUCAAGUAACUUACACCAUCUCCAAGAAUUCUGUUCUGAAGACAAAAGACCUUCAUAGCUGCAUAAGACCAAAAUUUGGAUUCAGCUCUGUGAACAAAUUUUUUGAAGUCCUGUGGCAACCAACAAGUAAAAGUGUUUACUCUGUGGAUGGAAGUCUCCUCAAAUCUGCAUUGGCUGAAGAAAGUCAUGGAAUCUUACUAAGCCUGAAAUCUUCCAUGGGAGUCAAUAUCACCUCCAGGCAAUAUCUUGAGCUUGUGACUCAAGAGCCUGGAUCAAAAGAAUUACCUGGAAAGAGUCUUCAGGAAGCACUGGCUGCCAUAUUGGAAAAACCUCAGCCUACUGAUAUAGCGAGUGAGCCUUCCAAGAGGAUCUGUACACAGUGCCCAAGACUGAAGAACUACUUGAAAUCGCUUGUUAAAAAGAAAGUCAAAAUGGAUGUCUCUAAGGCAUCAACCACCUGGAAAUUUCACAGAGUUGUCCAGAUGUUACGUGAUGCAAAGAAGAAAGACAUUGUUGCACUGCUGAAGAAAGCACCACAUAAUAUGGUCUCCUUCUAUGUAGACGCUGCAGUGGCUGCCCAGUCAACAACAUCCUUGAUGGCACUAUCUGAAUUUCUAGAUUUUGGGAAUGAGAGGCAGACACCCUUGCUGGAGAAGUUCCUCUAUGCGGCAGCUUUAUCUCCCCGGCCUUCCAAGGAACUGUUCAGCUUGGUGCUAGAUAAGAUGAGUGGGAAGAAACUAGAUCCAAUUAUCUGGGAAACAGGAAACUUAGUCAUUGGCACCUUGGUUGGCAAGCUGUGUCGGAUGAAACUGUGCGAUCUGCAGGAAGCCAAGACUGUAAUUGAGGCAAUCCUGCAAAGUCUCAAACGCACCAGGGACAACACCGAGAAGGUGCUCUAUUUGUUAGCCCUGAAAAAUGCUCUGCUCCCAGAAACCAUCCCUACCUUCCUGCGUUACGCGGAGGAGGGCUCUACGGCAGUCUCAGCUGCAGCACUCUCCGCACUGCAGAGGUACUCCACUCAGCACAUUACCGGCCAGGUUAAAAUGGCAAUGAAUCGGAUUUUCCAUCAAACUCAGCAUCUCUAUCCAAAAGCGUCAAGAUUGAUCGCUGCGGAAAUCCUGUUAGACAAUGAGCCCUCACCAAUUGACUUCAUCAAUAUCCUGUUGGCUACCAGAGAACUACAACCAGAAAUGUCAAGAUUACUGCUGUCAAAAAUCAAAAGCAUUCUACACUCCCACCAACAUCCAACCAGGCAGAUUAUUAGAGGCAUUCUGAAAGAUCCACAAAUAAAUAAUUACUACAUCCUCUCAACACAGAUUGGCAGCUCUGACGUCUUCUCAGGACCACUGAAAGUCACCAGUGACGUGUUCUCUACCUAUGGCCAAGAGAUCCUGUUCACAGAGAGUGGGCUCCUGAAAAAAAGCAUCACCAGUUUGAAUGUCUUAAGCCAUGGCCAUCAACUCCAAGUUGUUCAGUUGGUUACUGAAGCAGCAGGGAUUGAGAGUAUGAUGGGCGGUAGUGAUGAUGAUGAAGAGGAGCAAGAAAUCACAGCUGGCCUGUCGUCUGUUUUGCUUGAUGUCCAGCUACGGCCUGUUACUUUUUUCCAAGGGUACACCGACCUAAUGUCCAAGGUCCUUCUGAGUGGUGCUGAGCCUACCACCGUAAUCAAAGGGAAUAUGCUACUGAUGGAUCAUCAACAGGUAAUCCCACUGCAGUCUGGCUUGCAAGCUGUACUUACCGUUCAGGGAGGCCUUGGACUAGACAUUUCAUCCAACAUCGACGCAAAUUUGUGGGAGCAAGAGCUCAAAACAAGCAUUAAAGCAAGGGCUGCUAUGACCAUGGAUUUCCAAGCAGAAAUAGAUGCUCCAUUCUUUCAAGCCACGGUUCAAAGCCAGUCAGAAUUAGAAUCAGCCAUAAAUUUGAACGCUUUUCUACAGCUUUCUGGGGGUCUCGUAUGUCUGCAGAUGACAGAGGAACAUGGCUCUUGCAGAGAAAUCUUCUCCGUCUUUGAAGCCUCUGCAAGCCACAACGCAACCAUCCACAAAGGAAGGCGGGCCACCAUCCCUGGGCGGGCCUUCCCCUUCCACAGGGCCAACUCUGAAAUGUGCAAAAUCCUGCUUGCAAACACAAAAUAA